AUAUGAUAUAAAUAACAACUGUAAGAAACACAAGUAUCUGAAUACUGGAUGAUUCCGUUAUAAACUUUAAAAUUCCGAUACUGAUGUUGGAACGCCAACGACGUUGGUAAUUCGUGGCAUUUGUACCCUUUCUGACUGACCUUUUCGCUGGUUUAUACUUUACAAUUUAUACAUCCAUGAUGCACAAAUCCGCAUACCGGCUUCUGCUACUUAGCCUUUCCUUCGGGAUGGGACAUUGUGCGGCAAUAAACCAAGCCUCACUUGACCUGACCGCACCGAGCUUCUCCAUUCCCUAUGGCAACUCGCAGAUUCAGUUUUUCAAUGGGACUUCACCAACAUCCGCCCACCCUGUGCUGUAUUUCACACCGGCCGUUACUUUCCUCCCGGAUAAAACGGAAAUCAUGCUGGACCCGGAAGGCGGAGCCAACUGUGUCUUCGUCACAGUAAGGUUGUGGGAUAAGAAUUACAUGUCUGCCAUUCAGGACUGCGUCACACAACGCACGCAGGACCCAACGACCGUGACGUCUCCAAUUCCCUUCAAAUCCAUCCAGGCUGAGUACUCUGCGAACAAUUUAACUGGAGAAAUAAAGAAGAAUUCGUGGCAGCCGAUAACCAGUAAGCUGAUGCCGCCACAGGAAUCGCUGUGCAUCCAAUGCCCCACAUCGUCAGCAUGCAACGAAAUCAAGACGACCAUUGAAUCGGACAGUGCCAGUUUUGCCUCACAUUUAUUCGUAUCAUUCGCUACUUACGCGCCAGCUGCGAAGGGCCGUGUCCAGUCCCAAUACAGGGUCACUGCGACCACCGGUACAGAUGGAUCGGACAGUGUAGCACCACCGGACUGCACUAACGAAAUCUCAAAACCAGAUAUCCCGAACUCACGCCUCUUGGACCAAACGGUCAAUGGGAUCAAUUCCUCUUCGCCGUCUAAUGGAACCGCUUCCCCUUCGCCUGCUAAUGGAACCGAUUUCUCGGCUGGUAAUGGGACCGCUCCCAGUGCGUUUAAUAAUGGGACUGACUCUUCUUCGCCUGUAAAUGGGACCGAAACCUCUACGCCUACCAGUGAGCCUGAUUCUUCUACGCUUACAAGUGAGCCUGAUUCCUCUACGGGUGCCGGUGAACCUGAUUCGUCUACGGGUACCAGUGAACCUGAUUCCUCUACGGCUACCAGCGACGAGCCUGAUUCCACUACGGGUACCAGUGAACCUAAUUCCUCUACGAAUACCAGCGAGCCUGAUUCCUCAACGGCUUCCAGUGAUCCUGAUGCCUCUACCGCUACCAGUGAGCCGGAUUCCUCUACCGGUACCACUGAACCUGAUUCCUCUACGGUUACGGGUGAGCCGGGUGAUUCCUCUACGGGUACCAGCGAGCCUGAUUCCUCUACAGCUACCAGUGAGCCCGAUUCUUCUACGCCCACCAGUGAGCCGGAUUCUUCUACGGGUGGCAAUGAGCCUGAUUCCACUUCGCCUACCAGUGAGCCUGAUUCCUCAACGGAUACCAGUGACCCUGAUUCUUCCACGGCUACCAGUGAGCCUGAUGCUUCUACUAGCUCCACUGAAACUGAUGCCUCUACGACUACCAACGAAACUGAUGCUUCUACAACUACCGGUGAACCUGAUGCUUCUACGACUACCAGUGAGCCGGACGCCUCUACGACUACCAGUGAGCCCGAUCCUUCUUUUCCUGCUAAUGGGACCGGUGCCCCAUCGUCUACUAAUGGAACCUUAUCCAAUUCGUCAAGUAACGGAGCCGUUUCCAAUUCGUCUACAAAUGGAACCGUUUCUUCUCCUACUAAUGGAACUGUUUCUAAUUCGUCUACUAAUGGAACCGUUUCUUCGCCAAACAAUGGAACCGUUUCCAAAUCGCAUACUAAUGGAACCGUUUCUUCGCCAAACAAUGGAACCGUUUCCAAAUCGCAUACUAAUGGAACCGUUUCUUCGCCAAGUAAUGGAACUAUUCCCUCUUCGCCCACUAAUGGAACCGUCUCCCCUUCGCCUACUAAUGGAACCGUUUCUUCGCCAAAUAAUGGAACGGUUCCCUGUUCGUCUACUAAUGGGACUGUUUCCUCUUCGGCUACUAAUGAGACCAACGCAAUUCCAAAUUCAGAUAUUCCGCCUGAGACCCUCGAGAACGAAAUGGUCACCGUCCACUGGCAGGCUCGUCGACCUGAUACCCUGUCGGCUAUGUCCGAUUCAGUUAUACGGAUAAGAAUUCGCGACGCCAACGACAAAUUUUUGAUACAGUCGAGCGAAAAAACCACUCCUGUCACUGGGGAAUUUCAGUUAAAUGUGUCACGUACCAACCAAUAUAGCAUCGUUUUCGAAACCUCUGGAUUCGGGAAAUUAUCCUACUCUCCCAUCCUACUGCGCAACUUCACCCAGUUCUUCACCCCAGGCAGCGAUGUUUAUUUGGAGCCGUUGGGAUUCAUUCGCAAGGACUUCAAGGGAAUGGGAAAAGCACUGGGAACCGUACGCCUGGUCAAUACCACCGGUGCCUAUUUUGCCCCAGGGUUCCAAGUGCAGCUGCGAAAUGGACUGAACAACGUCACGGGUCCGGUUGUGGCUACAACGACCACCAAUGCAAAUGGCCUCUGGUCGGUGAAGCUCCCUGGAGGACACUACACGGCAACAGUAUCGUCACUUGAUAACAAGUUCACGGCCCCGCCGUUCACUGUUCCAGUGUUCAGAAUCGAUGACGUUCGGGACUGCGCGAUGACCCCACAGUUUGAAAAGGGAGAUAUCCGCGUCGUCUUGCGAGGGAACGGAUUCACGACUAACGGUGUUUUUGGUCCGUACGAUGUUAAAUUGAUUGUUACCGGGCCGCUGAAGGGCAAGUCUAACAAGACUGCAGAAGUGCGAGCCAACUCCACGGUUAGCGCGGACAAAUUGAUGAAGUAUGACUAUAUGGACCAGAUAUUUGGCAGCGUUCUUAUCCGGAAGCAGCUGCCCGGUGUUUACCGCAUUCAGGUCUAUGAAACUGAUGCGCUGCAGCCAAAACCCACUUCUAAACUGCCGAAAAUGAAUCUGGCCAAUUCGCAAUCAAUGGUGGAGAUCUACCGUGGUGAUAAAUUGUGGGCGCGGUAUUACGUGUCACUUAAGGAGGGGAAUAUGUGGACGGUGGCCGAAAUUAACGGUGCGCAAAUCAAUACCGUCAAUGACAUGCAGAUCGUUCCCCCUUGGCCUACUAAACAGAAGCAGGCUGCUGCUCCGCAAGAUAUACUAGAGUUAGGUUAAUUAAUCUAUACCGAAAUUUACGUUAUCCUUACGAUUAUCCUGCCUUCAGGCUGCAGUAGACGUUAAACUGAUCCAGUUGAUUGUUUGUAUUCAACACGUUUUACCGUGGAUGAAAAUUGUUUAAUUUGCGGUUAUUACAUUAUCGUGGAUUUGGUAUUUGUGUUGCAGUAUUUACUGAAGUGUUAUUAUUUAGUACUGCCAUUUACGUGUAGUGGAAGAUCUAACAAUAUUAAAACAC